AGUAGCAGCAACAGCAACCACAGAGCUUCACCGGGCAGCCUUUGCUGCAGUACGCUGAUUACCACUUUCUUAGCAUCCGGCAAGAUUCCACAGCAGCAAGCACUUGGAGCAGACUCUGCAGGGGAGCUUGUUUAAGGAGUACGUGACUAAAGAAUUGGGUUAAUCUUUAACUGCAGGAGAAGUGCCUGUAGUUUCUCCACACAGACACCCUCCUGGGUUUUUUGCAUUCUAAUUUAUUGGAGCUUUUGUCCCUCUUUCUUUUUUUGCAAUUAUUAUUAUUCUUACUUAUUUAUUAUUCACCCCCCCAAAUCUGUGCUGCAUCACUAGCUCUCAUUAUGCGGUGCUCAGUAGCCCAGUCUGUUCUCCGCCUCUGCUAGGCAGUGGCAGCAUGGAUGGUGCUCUUGUGACGACCUCUGCUGAUUCUAUCAGUCCACUGCGGAUAGGCAUGCUGAGUAAUCCUGCUGUAAAUGGGCGAGGACACGGACACACGGAAAAUUAACCACAGCUUUCUUCGAGACCACAACUAUGUGACUGAAGCUGAUAUUAUUUCUACAGUUGAGUUCAAUCACACUGGAGAACUACUGGCUACUGGGGACAAGGGAGGUCGGGUUGUUAUAUUCCAAAGGGAACCUGAGAGUAAAAAUGAGCCUUACAAUCAGGGGGAGUACAAUGUUUACAGCACGUUCCAGAGCCAUGAGCCUGAAUUUGAUUAUUUGAAGAGUUUGGAGAUAGAGGAAAAAAUAAACAAGAUCAAGUGGCUACCACAGCAAAAUGCAGCCCACUCCCUUCUGUCAACAAAUGAUAAAACUAUCAAAUUAUGGAAAGUUACUGAACGAGAUAAGAGACCAGAGGGAUACAACUUAAAAGAUGAAGAAGGGAAACUUAAAGAUCUGUCUACCGUAACAUCACUACAGGUGCCUGUAUUGAAACCCAUGGAUUUGAUGGUAGAAGUCACCCCCAGGAGAAUCUUUGCUAAUGGUCAUACCUAUCAUGUCAACUCAAUUUCUGUCAACAGCGACUGUGAGACAUACAUGUCAGCUGAUGAUCUCAGGAUUAACCUCUGGCACUUAGCAAUCACAGACCGGAGUUUCAACAUUGUAGAUAUAAAGCCAGCCAACAUGGAGGACUUGACGGAAGUGAUUACUGCAUCCGAGUUUCAUCCCCACCAUUGCAAUCUCUUUGUCUACAGCAGCAGCAAAGGAUCCUUGAGACUCUGUGACAUGAGGGCAUCAGCCCUCUGUGACAAACAUUCCAAACUUUUUGAAGAACCGGAAGACCCCAGUAACAGAUCGUUUUUUUCAGAAAUUAUCUCUUCAGUGUCGGAUGUUAAAUUCAGUCACAGUGGCCGAUAUAUGCUAACAAGGGAUUACCUCACUGUCAAAGUUUGGGAUCUGAACAUGGAAACGAAGCCUAUAGAAACAUAUCAGGUCCAUGAUUACCUUAGGAGCAAGCUGUGUUCCCUUUAUGAAAAUGACUGCAUCUUUGACAAGUUUGAAUGUGCAUGGAAUGGAUCAGACAGUGUUAUUAUGACAGGUGCAUAUAACAACUUCUUUCGAAUGUUUGACCGAAACACCAAGCGGGAUGUUACCUUGGAGGCAUCCCGGGAGAGCAGUAAACCACGAGCCAUUCUAAAACCCCGCCGAGUCUGCGUAGGGGGCAAGCGAAGGAAAGAUGACAUCAGUGUCGACAGUUUGGACUUUACGAAGAAGAUCUUGCACACAGCCUGGCAUCCAACUGAGAACAUAAUUGCUAUAGCAGCGACAAACAAUCUGUACAUAUUUCAGGAUAAAGUGAACUCAGAAAUGCACUAGAUCGAUCAAUAUCUUUCUGUAUUUAUAAACCAGCCUUUUGAGAGUUGUAGAAGGACAUGAUCUUCACAAAAGUGUGGUCAUUGUGGUGGAAUUUGUAGAUUCCCUCCCUCCACCCCUCAGUCUGUAUCAUUGUUGGUGGCAACCAACUGUUUUAAAUCACUGCAACUGUAUAAUUGUCUAAGUAAAAAGGCACUACUGUGAAUUCA